UUCUAUUUCAGAGAAAAAAAUUCUGUCCAUGUUUUAUAAAGUUUAUAGGCUUUGAACGAGUUUAAAUGUUAGGUGUUUAACUUAUAACAGAAAGAGGUCUAAAUUAAUGUGGAUACGAGAGGCCUAACCUUGGGACAUGGACAAAAAGGAAAACCACAAGAAAAUGGAUCGAGUCCGUUUUUUUAAGGGUCUGCGCGUGUUGGCUGGUGUGGGUGGGUCCAGAUACUCAGAUAACAUGAACCUUACACCUGAUGCAUCAUCUGCAAAGUUUAGAAGUCACUGGAACGCCAUGAUUUGGAUAGAACUUCAGGCUUGGCACAAUGAUCGAAGCGUGUUCGAACAAGACGAAUGGUUGGUUGCAAACCGUCAGGCUGUCAUCGGUAAAUCAUUAGAGGAAGUUGAAAACUUCAGUUUUUGCGGGAAUGUACAUCACAUUAAAAAUGGUUGUCCAAGUGAUUGUCAUUGUUUUAUGAAAAACAGUACCCAGGCUUUACCACCUGAGCAGCUGAUGAAUUAUUCCAAUGCAUUAAAGCAGGUUUGUCAUGUUCUUGAUCAAGUUAGUUUUGCUGAGUCGCUCUACUCAUCGUCUGUGUGUCUUUCCAUUGACCAUCCAAAAUAUAAAAGUGAAAGUUUCUCGCAAAAGAGAGAUGUUUUAUGUACUUGGUUCAAUACUUUCAUUGAAAUGAAAUCUAGUUUUAUUUCCAUGAUGGAGUUUCUUGACCUUCUCCAAUAUAACGAAUGGUUGGAAACCUUAUUGGAAAUCCCUGAUAUUUGUGAAGGUUUAUCUUUGUCAGUUAAACCACAUUCACCAUUCAGUGGUAUGGAGGAGAUAACACACAUUUCGUGUUGCCAUAUAUCUGAUGCUAUUGCCACGACCAUGGACACUUUGUUGAGAAAAUUCAAUGUCAAAACUAUUUUGUCUAUUUUGUUGAAAAAACAUUUUACUCCACUGAUGAGAGCAUUCUAUUUAAUUAUUCAAACAAAAAUCAACCAAAAAUAUAAUGCAGAUAGAAGUAAACAACAGCAAGGAGAUUUUUCCAAUCCAUCUGUUGAUGCACAGUCCGUCAUUUUACUGAUCAAGGAAACAUUACCAAACUUACAAUUGAAUGAAAUAUCUCUUCAAUAUACUGAACCUGCAGUGUAUGAAAGAUUCAACCUGCCUUACCUUGACCCACUGUAUAUUCUCAUGAAUGAUGUCAUGUUUGCUGUCAUGUCACGUUGUUUAACAGCGAGACUUGAACAGGUGGCAUCUUGUCAACAAAACUGUGGAUCUUCAACAAGUAUUCUUACAACUCAACAAGUUGUGUUUGAAUGCAAAGAAGUAAUUCAAUGUUGUUUGCUUUCCCUUGAAGUUCAUUGUUUAUUUUUGAAACCAUUCAAUGGGGAAAAUGAAAAUCAAAAGGCAAACGUAGUUUGCUUUCGGAAUAAUCUUCUUAAAAUAUUUGGAACGUAUCUUGAUUUUGUGAAGUUAUGGGUUGUGGGGCAACUUACUGGACUCCCCCACGCACCAAGAGGAAUCAUGGAAAUACUUGAAACUGAAUGGAAACUUGCUCAGAAGAUCUCAGUUAAGAUUGACAUUGAAUGUUUCAUUACAUGCGCAUGUAAAUGCACAGAAAUAUGUAAAGAUGUUUUCAUUUCAACGCAAAACUUCUUGACAUCAGCUGCCGUGGCCAUCAUUGUUACGCGCUCUGAAACCCCAUCCAGUGAUGAAUUUUCUCCGAAUGAAUUCUUUCAACCCACCAACCACCAUCUUCAACACAGCAAUUCUUAUCCAACUUCACCCAAGGCGGGGUUUCUUUGGUUUCAUCGGCAAAGAUCGGAAAGUCGUCAUCUUGCUAAUCGACAUUCAAUCAUACGAGAUGGAGAUUCCUCCAUAGAACAAGCAAAGAAUUGUUUCCUUCCAAUUAAUUAUAACAAGCAAGAUAGCUUGGAGAUGAACAACACAGAAUCAACAAGGAGAUAUUUGUAUGAGUUAAGCAGAGCAAUUCGUGAUUUAUUUGAUGAAGCUCGAGAACGAACAAUGAAAGCCGUCACUUUCGCGAAAUCUCUUCGAAAAGAUCUUGAACCCUGUAUUGAAUUCAAUUAUGUCAGUUUCGAUGUCAAGUGCAAACAUGGACAUAGUAGAGUAUAUUGUAGUAAAUGUGGUCUUCUGAGUAAAUUAAAAGCAAAUCGUUAUAUUUUGGUGGAGUUCAAAUUAUCUGAUGAUGUUACCACAAGUUUGUCCAGUUCCUCCUCUUCCUUUCAUCCUCAUCAUCACUGGAUCUUCAUAUCUCAAGAUCUCAUUGAUGCGGAUCAAACAGAUGAUGUUAAGAUGAAACUCUUGCAUCGUUUUGUUUCGUCAUGUUCCACUGCACAGCAAAAUAAUCCAGUGGAAACACUGGGAAAUUCGAAAAAGACCAGUGAUGCCAUUUUGUUUCUGCGAGUGUUGUCACAUAUGGAGCAUCAACAAACAAAGAAAUCACGGCCAGCAAAUGUUGCACAAAGAUGGACAGGUGAAGUACUCACGAUCACAGAAGACGAUCUGACAUCAUUUAAUCACGACGUGAUCAAACUCAUGAACCUUCAUAUGAAGUUAGAACACGAUUUCACAGCUGUGUCAAAACAUGGAAUGAAUCUGGGACAAAAAAGAAGUGAACUUUUGAAGCUGUUCGGACCAUAUGUAACUAUGGUGGUAGCACAGAGCAGCAUCGUCAUAGAAAUCAAAGAAUCAUUAAAAGAACUUCACAUUGCAGUUUUAUCAUUAUGUGAUAUUGUGUUACAACAAGUCAAUGAGAUGAGUCGUCAUCUUCAAUAUGAAGUGAAUGAAGAAGCCGGUUUCACUCGCGAUGAGGAACCGCAGUUGUUCGCUGAGAUAAAUCAAGUCGUGCAGAAGAAUUUUUACUUUGGAUUUGAAUGCAUGAGAGAAGCAGUGAGAAUAUUUUCAGGAAAACUGCGACACAAAAUGGAACUUCUUCAUUUAAAAUAUUUAAAAACUUGGAUGGAUUACGUCAUGGAGUUUAUUCCGAGAGGAAAAGGAAAGAAACCAAAAUGGGCAGCUUGUGGAUUGAAUUCACUUGUUAGUUUAAGCAUGGAGGUAAUCAAGAGUUUACCAGAUGAUGAAUACAACAAACUUAACGAGCUCAUCUCGAAAUUCCUGGACCAUCUCAUUGGAACAAGGAAUUCUCAUGAAGUGAAUCAGCCACCGAACCCCACCUUCCCCAACACACAAGAAGUUCCAAUGUUUCGAUCCUUUAGUUCAAAUUCAUCAAAAGAAGAAAACUUCGAUUCCAACCAAUCGAACAACGUUGAUUGUUACGUCACAAACAACAUUCAAGUAUCACAAUUACCAUUGGAUCAAAUAAACAUCACAAUAUCGGAGAUGGAAGCUAGAAGAGAUGAUAAAAGAAUGGAAAAAGGCAUCAUUGGCCGUGUGAUUGACACCCCAAAUUCAAUGCCAGUAAUUCAACUUGGUAUACGAACUGUUAGUUUUCGGUGGCAACGUGGUACAAAGAUUGGAGAAGGGACAUUUGGAAGAGUUUAUACUUGUGUUAACAUGGAUAAUGGAAAGUUGCUUGCCAUGAAAGAGAUUCCGUUCCAACCAAAUGAUGAACAUAAGAUCAAAGAAAUUCUUGAUGAGAUCACCAACUUUGAAGGAAUCACACAUCAAAACUUGGUCAAAUAUUAUGGGGUUGAAUUACACAGAGAUCAAAUGUAUAUAUUCAUGGAAUAUUGUGACUCUGGAACCUUGGAAGAAGUUAGCAGGAUUGGAUUACCUGAAGUUAUGAUUCAACAAUAUACAUCGCAGAUCGUUGCAGCUGUUUCUGUGUUACAUCAAAAGGGGAUUGUGCAUCGAGAUAUAAAAGGGGGUAAUAUCUUCCUGACUUCCAAUGGUUUGUUGAAGAUUGGUGAUUUUGGAAGCGCGGUUCGUUUAUUGGAUCGAAGCCAAACGCUUCCAGGUGAAAUUGCUUCGCACACGGGAAUCACAGCUGCUUACACAGCUCCUGAGGUAAUAAACAGCAAUGUAGAGAUGGGAUAUGGUAGAGCUGCUGAUGUUUGGAGUAUUGGGUGUGUUGUUAUUGAGAUGGCUGCUGGAAAGAGACCAUGGCACGACCACGAACCAUUCCAAAUCAUGUACAAAGUAGGCAUGGGUUGCAAACCAAUCAUUCCAACUUCGCUUAGCAGCGAUGGGAAAGAUUUUGUUGAGCGUUGCAUUGAAAUAAGUCCGACUGAAAGAUGGACAACCAGUGAUCUACAAACACACCCAUUUAUAAAGGUUGCUCAUCUAACAUCUGCAUCAUGAAAAUAUCACAGCAUGAUUUAUUUCAUCACGUGAUUUGCAUCAUAUUCAUAAAACAACAUCAUGCACUCAUAAAAUGGUGACAAAUUGCAAAUUUUUCUAAAAUUACGAAAUUAAUUUUUACAGCUCAAAAUAGUUUUAUAAUUAUGUUCGUUUUUAAAACAUAUUUUCCCCUUAAUUUUCUACUUAGUAUGUUGAUAUCAAAAUUUAUUUUAGUUUUUUAGUACUAUUUAUUUUACAUGUAUGGUACAGGCAUUAUUAUUUCUUUCAUUUUAAUCAUUGUGAGUUAAAAGUACAUUGCUAUUAUGGAUAGCAACAUAGAGUCAAAUAUUUUAUUUAGUUGAGUUUGACACAAAAAUCCAUAGGCAGCAAAAAAAUUUCCAUUGUAACUUGUUUAUCCUGGUGUAGCAGGAAACAACAGUCGUUUUAAUGGGCGAGGUCUGUUUCAUACACCUCAUGCCCACUUACAAGUUACCGCAUAUUUUACUUUUGUAAGUGAAUGUUUUUUGCGGAAUUUUUAUGUGUGGCUGACAAUUCAGACAAAUCAUAAGGGACACUGGGUUGGAGCAAUUGCCCCCAAGCCAGAAGCAGGUGAACCACUUGGUCAUGGCUCUGGUUGUUUAUAUUUUGACUCUUUAAAUGGGCCUGGAUGGUCUUAGUUUAUGUCCCAUAUGUAUACGAGUUGCACUCUGGUUUAUAACAUUGAUUGAUCCAUUCACAGCUUUAGCACUUCAAUGUCUUACAUAUUUUUCACUUCAUUUCUGUACUAGUUUCAUGACUUGUUAGUACUUGGUGUAAUGUAGUACAUUGUACAUAUUAUAUUUUACCUAAACGUGAUAAUUUAUGUGCCAAGUAAGGAAAAUUGCAAUUAAUGUAAAAAUGUUUGUAUAAAAUAAAAUUGUAUUUAUUUAUCCUCGCAUGUUGGGAAAAAGCAGGAAUUAUAACAUAGGUGUAUGAAGCAGAACGCUAGUUUUAUAACGACUGUCGUUUCCCUGCCAUGCGAGGAUAAAUAAGUUAUACGUCAUUCAACUAACUGUGCCCGUUUACCAUCAUUUAAAAAAUGUAACUUUCUGUGUGAUACAUUUGCAUACAUCAAUCAUUACGCUUAAACAUGGUA